AUGGCUUCAAGCGGUGAAGAUAAAUUAUUGAAAGUUUGGAGUAUUGACAAUUGGAGACCCGUGCCUAAACGUGUGGUCUCAAUUGCAUUCAAUUCCCAAGGAUCACAAAUCAUUACGGCAGACAAAUUUGGAGACGUUUACAGAUAUCCAAUAAACGCAUCAAAUGACAAUCAGAAUGCUGUAGAUUUAUUGUUAGGUCAUGUCUCAAUGGUCACUGAUAUGAUUUUAACACCUAAUAAUAAAUUUAUUAUAACGGCUGACCGUGAUGAACACAUAAGAGUCAGUAGAUUUCCAAAAGGUCAUAAUAUAGAAUCAUACUGUUUAGGCCAUACACAUUGUUUCAAAUCAAUUAAAGCAGGUGGUGAUGAUUAUAUUUUGUUAUGGGAAUAUGUUUCAGGAAAAUUGUUACAAUCUUUAAACAUUAAAAGUAUUAUUGAAAAUCAAAUUAAAGAACAAAACGAAAAAAAAUUAUUAACUUCAGAGUACAAUAAUAAUGAAUUUUCUGUGACCACAAUCACAAGCAGUUCAAUUUCAAAACACAUCGCUUUGGUUAUAGAAAAAUUUCCUGGAGUAGUAAUCUUGAAUUGGAAUGAGACUAAUCAAUCUAUUGAAUUUAAAACAAUUUUAUAUUCAAGUAUUGAUCCACUUGAUAUUGCGUACGAUCUUCGAGGAAACUUGUGGGUUUCGAAUUCAUUAUUAAGUGAUGACGACGAUAAAGAUGAUAAAGAAUUAAUAACUUUAUUUAUAAGAAAUGAGGAUAAUGAUCGGUAUGAAAAAAGUUCUAGUGACCAUCCUUUAUUAAUUCAAAUUAACAAGUAUGGGUCUGUUCAAGGUAAAUAG